UUUCUGAGUCAGGCGGAGCGAAUCGCAGCUCCUGCUGAACGAGACGUUCGCCGAACAGUUCAGUUCCCUCCUGAUCGUGGAGCGGUUCGCGUUUAUCGUUGAACAUAGUGAAUAGCUGCGUCGCGACGUUUGUUUUAGAACAUUGAAUUAGAUAAUAGAAAUUAGAUCUUCGGCGGGAUACCCGGUACAUACUCCACGCGUCGCUCGCAGGACAGAAACUUAAGCUGAGAAUGGCGCAGGCAAGCAGAGAGAAACGUGUGACCUCUUUGCGUCUACGUGGGUGAAAUAGGAAGUCAGACAUUAAACCCGAAGCUUUACCUUUCAACGCAUUAAUGCUUCUCAAAUGGGACCUAUAGUUGUUACCUCAUUGGGCCUCAUCGCUUUUUAUUGUUGACUGAGUAUAGACAAUGUUAUGUGAAAAUUUCUGUGAACGCCUGUGAGCCAAGGAAAUUUUGGAGAAAAAAAUGAGGAACUCGACGCUGCUUAAAUGGGCACAAAAUUCGACCAACAAUAAGAAUCAACCCAGUAAAAAUGGAGGUACAAACAGAAACUGGAUACAUCCACCAGACGCACUACAAAAAGGCCAUAUCGCCUACUUAGUCAAGUACCUCGGUAGUACGGAAGUGAAUCAGCCUAAAGGAAUAGAGGUGGUGAAAGAAGCAAUAUGCAAGCUGAAGUUUAAUCAACAGUUGAGAAAGAGCGACGGUACCAAAAUGCCGAAGGUAGAACUGACGAUAAGCAUAGACGGCGUCGCUAUUCAGGAACCAAAAACUAAAACAACUCCAAAGACUGUAUAUGUUCCACAGCGAAUCAUGCACCAGUACCCGCUCCACAGAAUUUCUUACUGUGCGGACGACAAGGGGGAGAAGAAGUUUUUCAGUUUCGUUGCCAAGGAGGAGGAUGCAGAAAAUCAUACGUGCUUUGUAUUUGUCAGCGACAAACUCGCUGAGGAAAUAACGUUAACUAUCGGACAGGCAUUUGAUCUGGCAUACAGGCGAUUCCUGGAGACAUCGGGGAAGGACCUAGAGACCCAGCGACGUUGCAUGGUGUUGCAACAGAAGAUAAAGCGUCUGGAGCAUGAAAAUAAUGUUUACCGACAACGUCUCCAGGAUAUCGCUACUAUCAAGGGAUCGGCGGACAUUACGUCAUAUUUGUCGCAACACAACUUACCGGAUAUUCUGCAUGUUCCUGGAGCGCUGGCGUCUCCCGAUAGCUCGACCGCGUCGCUGACCGACUCAGUCAGACUUAACGGAAGCGGAAGUAAGUUGUUAUCGAGUAGUAUCAGCGACAGCAAUGGAAAUACUUCAAAUGGACCACAGCAACCACCGCCAGUACCGCCCAGAAGCUUUGAAAAGAGUUUCGAUGAUGAUUUUAUGGGAAGCGAGCCUGCGUCAGCUCCGACAGUCGGGACCAAGUUGGAGGGACUCCUGAUGGAUGAAUUCGAGGAGGAUUUCAAUCCACGAGCUUACGAGAGCGCUGUAAAUGGCUUGGCCAAUCAUCAGUCAAAUAACAAUCCGCUUUUAAAUGGUCAGGCAUCUUCUGGAACAAACUUCUUCCCCCAAGCUAAUGGAACUAUCAAUUCUCCACCAUUACUGGCGCCACCACCGAAGGCCAAGGAUUCACGUCGUCAAAAUGGCGCGAAGGAGGAUCUGUUUGGCAGCGUGCCCUUCAACCCAGCACCACCCAGCAUAUUAAAAUCUGAGGUAAACGAUCCAUUCGAGAUGGGUGAAUUUGGUGCUACCACAGCCAUUUCCGGUCCCAGUCAACAGGAACUGGAGAAUGCCAUUGGGCUCUUGGAUAAGAGGCUGCUUGAGAUGAAGGAUGGAUUUAGCAGAGGACUCUCUAUUGGUACCGAUGACUUUUCGCUGGAGAGUUUGGACCCUCUACGGAAUUGAGUCACCUGUUUAAGCAAAGAGAAAAUGCUCUAGCGAACGAGCUUGGAUUAAGAGUAAUAAGAUUGCGUCAAACUCGUGGCACGUUUAAAAUAUCUGGCGCCAGGAUGCCCGGGUGAGAAACAAUUCGUUAAAGAGACGGUACGAAACCAAAAUUAGUCAAUUACUGCACCAACACUGCAAAUAUAUUAGGUGAUGUUUGAUAUUUAUGAUACACAUAUCACAAAUACUAUUCUUUAAUGGAUUCUACACGUGCGCUAGAGAAUUGCCCUGCUUAAUUCGGGGUCGGCGUUUUUAUAAUCUUUAUCUGGACAUUGUCGUAUCCUCUUCUUUCCGCCAGUCAAAUCUUCGAAUCUUACUCAACGUUUUAUCUUUCUCUUUUUUCUUUUCGUUCUGCAUCCAUCACAACUCGUAUGAACGAGACCUCAUUCCCCCAUCAAUUUAUCUAUAAUAAUUUUAAUCCAGUAAUCUCAUCGCGGUGCCGAAUCUCAUUUCACGGAAAUAACGUAUAAGAAAUAUAACAGGAAGUCGCCUAGUUGCUGGCUGCUAGUGACUUUCCAUCAUCGCGUGAAUAAACGUAACUUUAUAUCAGAUAACCGUUAGAAGAGAAAAAUGAAAUAGCGAGAAUAACUAACAUGAAUGGUAGCGCAUAUUGGGUACUAAUGUAAGAGCGCAAUUAAGAAUAUAAACAAAAAAAAAUGAAUAAGCUUUUCACGCCCUCCAUAUGAGAGUUUAGGUAUAUUAACUUCAAAAUCUGAUCACCGUGCCUUUCUUAUUCUAUACAUAUAUAUAAUAAUAUGAAUAUUAUAUUUACCAAGAGGACAAUGAGAUACAUAUCCGCCUAGAGAGAUAAUUGAUCUAACUUUAGCGGAUGUUUAAUUAAUUAUGAUAAAAAAAGCAAAAGAGAGAGAGUGAGAGAGAGUAGGAGGGAAUGAAAAGUAUACCUAUACAUGUAUAGAACGUGAUAGGUUUAUUACACAGGGCACCGUAUCUUGUUUUUUUUUUUCUUUUCGCUUAGAUAAUCGUCUUCAUUUGAGACGUUGUCUAAAGGAUUGUGUACAUAUUUAAUUCUAUAUACUAUUGUAUUUGUUGCCUUAUUGUUUAAGUAUUAUCAUUAAGAAAAUAUACAACACGAUUAUUACAUGA